GAGCGGGAGCGGGAGCGGAGAGGAGCGGGUUGUAGACUCCAGUCAGCUUCUGCCAGCCGCAGCACUCACAUCAUGACCUGAUAGCGGUCGUCAGGCCCACCAUAGUUACCAUAAAAGUGAUCAUAUCGUACGUUAUAGUGUCUAACAGCGUGUAGUGGUCUGUGCAUGUGUUCAGUGACGUCACGGCUCGGUCUUAGACCUCCUCUCCUGACAACCGACAGACGACACAGGCCUCCCUCUGUCUGUCUCUGGUGCUGCACCAGGCUCAAUUCACUUUCCUUCCACUAGGCAUAACUCUAUUCUUCAAGGAUACAAUACAGUUCUUUCAAUAUAAAGAUGCUUUACUCAAAUUUCGGGCUGUGGAUGGUGAUAGCGGGUUUCACUGUGUUCACUAGAGAGGUUGCCGCACUUAGAGGAUCUGCCCUCGUCGCUGAACUCAAAGCUAAGGCCAAGGCGGCUCUUCUCAACCCUACUGAAAGUGUCGAAGAGGUGGUGACAGUAGACCCAGAGAGCGAGUUGGCCACCAAUGCGACAGGAGGGAAUGUCACGGUAAUUAAGACCAAGAGUCUGCUGACCGGUAACCCGCAGAAAGACUACAUUUACGACCCAAAUCUUCCUCGCGAACUCAACGGCUACAACCUAUCCACCUACCCAUUCUACAAUGGUGUACCUGAAGACAUCGACUUCAAAUGUGAUGAUCUCCACGACGGAUUUUACGCCAGUGUUCCACAUAAGUGUCAAGUAUAUCAUCACUGCCUGUUCGGUACUCGUUACGAUUUCCUCUGUGCCAACUACACUGCCUUCGACCAGAGAACUUUCAUUUGUCAUUUUGUCUCGGAGGUCGACUGUGAAAAUUCGCCGAAAUUCUUCCAAAGGAAUGAAGCGUUGUACAAAGCAGCGUCGACGGCUGCCCCGAUAACGACGACUGCCAGCACCACUGCCUCGCCACCACCACAGCCCACCACAGCAGCGACACAGCGACCACGACGCAGACGGCCGUACCGCAGGCGCCGCCCUGUAUACGAGUAUUACUACGACGAUCAGUAUGAUGACGAAGAGUACUAUGAUGAUGAUCUUCCCCCACCAAGAAGGAAGGCGAAUCGUAAACAUCGUCCCCCAGGUAGAGGCUAUCGUGAAGAAGAUGACUACUACGAUGGACGGCGAGAUAGUUCCAGAGGGGAAAACUCUAGGACAGAAGGUUCUCGAGUUGACAGUUCCAGAGGAGAAGCCUUCCGAGGAGAUAGUGGAGCUGACGCAUCUAAAGAUUCUAAGCCAAGAAUCCGAAUAUCAGGACCUGCUGCUGGCACGGUAUAUGAUAGACCAAGGGUUCCUCCAAAAAUCAGAAGGCCUGUUCCUAUAAAUGAAAGAGAUAAAUAUGAUUAUACUCCUAAGCCAUCUGAAGGAGUGCCACCUCCGACACCAGAUCCCAAAAAAGAUAAGAAGCUACAAAGCAAACAUGAAGAGGAUGAAGAUGAAUAUUAUGACGAUGAAUAUGAUGAAGAAUACUUCAAACCACCUCCUAAACGAAGUAAAACGAGUAGUGACUAUGGCAGUGAGCUGAGUACUAAGGAUGACUCACGAAGAUCAAGCGGUCGUUAUAGACCAAGACCUCAAUCACGCAGACGGCCUGGCCGUUAUGAAGAUGAUUAUGAAGACGAAAGACCGGUAAGACCCAGAAAAAGACCUCGUUAUGAAGAUCCACCUCAAAUGAAUAGGGGGAACAGAGGAAACCAUAGAGGCUACUCCAGAGAUGAACCAGAUCCCGUACCUGCCGAUAGACCUGGGUUUAUCUCGAGUGGAAGGUUUCCUUCCGGUACCAGAAAAAGGCUUGAAGACGAGAGACCCCAAACUUCUAAAAAAUUACCCAGUAGGGUAAUAUAUGAUGAUGAAGAAGACGACGAAGAGUAUUACGAUGACGAAGAGGAAGAUGUUCAAGAUGAAGAAAUAAGCAGAAGAGGUAAAAAGCCAUCUAGUCACAGUGUCAACAAUGGAAGACGAAAUGAUGACUAUGAAGUAGGAAAUGAAAGGAAUUAUUCUCCCGGAAACAGAAAACUAACAGAAACAAAUAAUUCUAAGCCAAAUUCUAGAAGUGAUGUUAGGUCUCAACUUUCUGUAAAGUACCAUGCCGACUCCUCAAAAAGUGACAAUUCAAAACCAACAAACCGACAGAAAUCUGAAAAUAACAAUUAUAAUAAAGGAGCUGCUGAAGAGCAAUGCAAAAAUGAUUGUGAAGAUUAUUUGUAUGAUACAGAGGACGAAUUAAAACAAGAAAAAAGGAAAGGCAAUGAUAGAGAGAGUCAAAAACAAGAUAAUGAGAGGGACUUACAGAAACAAACUAACGAUAGGGAUAGAUUGUUUUCAAGCAGAUUCAGAGAAGUGCAGAACGACCAACAGCUGAAACAGCAAAGCAAUGAUCCCGCAGGGCCUGGAAGGUCAUCUAUAACCUCAUCAAAUUAUAGAACAGCAUCUACAAAUUCAGAUAUACAACAGAGAACCAAGCCGUCCCGUGUAAACCCAAGUGUAGAUGAACAAAAAGUAUUUCCUACUCAACCUGUGACUACUACAAUAAGUUCGCUCGGGGAUUACACUGAUGAAAGUUCAACGAGUAGUGUCAAGUUUUCAAACUUCAGAUCUAAAGGCAGAAUAGUACCUCCAACACCAUUAUUAAAUAAUUACAAAUAUAUAUCUUCAACGACCGAUCGACCUUAUGAAUCAACUGGAAUGUCUUAUAACAAUCAGGAUUUUGAACCUGAAACAUUUGAUUCAGAUGGUCCCAAUCAGCCAUCAGCAGAAAAAUCAUCUGGUCCUACAAGACCAUUAAAUAGUGCAGCUCGAAGACCUCUGAAAGUAACAACAGAACAAAUUCUAUUAGAUGUAAGUUCGGUUUCUCCUAAACCAACUUCUGUAGGACUUAAUUACAGACAACCAGCUAUUAACGGUGAUGAUGAAAAAACAUCAAGGAAAGCAAUCGUGUCAGGGCAAAACUAUAGGAGAGUUAAAAUUGAUAUUCCCCAAAUUGAAAAUACUGACUAUACGAAAGUAGCUACGGUGGGAAAUGGUUUUAGAAGACCUAAUAAACCUGUGGAAGAAAAUACACCUGAAGAGUUGUCUUCAGCAGUUGGUCAACAAGAAGACAUUAAAAAUGCUGGAGAAAAUCUUAAAAAAGGCGUUAAGUUAUCUUUUACAGAAAAAGCACUUCCAGGUAAUACGCAUUAUGGAGGUUCCUACAGAAGAGUAAAAGUAAGUGCCAUUACAACCCCUAAUCCAGAACUGGAAGUUUCUACUUCUGCAUACGAUAACUCUCAACCCCUUCAGGGCGUAUCUAUUUCAAAUCCAAGUAAUACCUACAAAAGACCUUAUCUUGUAGCAAGACCCUUGAGCAAUUAUCCAGUUAUUGUCGAAGACACAACGAAAAAUGCUCUUUCUCUAAAUGGUCCUUUUAGAAGACCAAUCAAACAGAGAAUUCAAGAUUCCGAUAGUGCCGUAACGGUGGAUGAAUACAAUACAAACAUAGGCAAUACGGGAAUAACUGACACAUACAGUAAGGUUGAACCUAACUUAGGAAUUAAUUUAAGAUCAAGCUUAGGGUAUUUCCCUCCGAAAAGGGAAAAAAUACGAAUAGAUGAAAAUUCAGCACGAGGGCUUGGGCAAUAUCCAAAAACACUCAACUUAAAUCAGGAAAGUCAAUUUCCAAAACAAUCGCCAAAAAUUGAAAUAACUGCACCAGGACCAUCUGCACCAGAUAUAGAUAUAGCAACAGUUAAGUCAAGUUACAAAGAUGAAUAUAAUAGUGCUUCUCCAGGUUUCAAACUGGAUAUUGCUGAAGAAGAGUACGAUGUGACAUUGAACGAUGCUUUACAGCCUUCUACUUUACACCCAACUAGAAGUUUAGUCGAUUAUCAACAAACCAGACUGAAAUCACGAGACUAUCAAUCCAAUUUGGGGCGUACUCCUGAAUAUGUCAAUCGAGGCAGAGUUUCCUAUCUGUUACCGGCAGCUUCUCAGCAGUAUAUUACUAGGGUUCAGAGUGUGUAUGCUCCAGAAAAACAAGCAGAAAAUCCAAUAACAGCCAGAUAUUUAUCAAAAAGUGAAAAAAAGGAAUCGCCACUGGACCAGGAAGAGUACGAAGCUGUAGUGUUAACUGCCCCGGAAGAUAACUGGCAAACGCAAAGGAGGAAUAGGCCGACUGAGUGGUAUUGGUAAAUUUGUGUCAUGAACUGUUUUACUUGGCAACGAACAUCGCCUAACUAAUUAUUUAAGUACAAAAUUCUACGUCACUGUAACGUUUGAUAUUUAUUAAUGUAAUAGUUGAUGAAAUUAUAGUAAUAAUUAAAUUUUAAAUUUUUUAUGGUAACACCUUGCAGUUACAAUUAUCGCAAAAUAUUUUAAUGCUCCUUAUUUAUAUUUCUGCUUGAAUUAUAUUUUGACUGAAAAUGUGCCUAUCUUGACACACUGGGCUUGUUGACUGAAUACACUUUGAAGGCAAUAUCACGUAUAUUUAGAUACUCAUAAAAUUAAAAAUAAGUAUAAGAAUUCUGCCUGCGUUUGUGUAUGUAAGCAAAACACUUGUGAUAAUUUCACUUUGUCAUUUGUAUUAUGAUAUAAAAAAUGAAAGUGACCAUUAAAUAUACUACCUAUUCCUA